GGCAGAGAUGUAGUACUGUUGUAUGGAAGGUGAUAUGUUUGAAGGGGGCUGGAUAACGCCGCAUGCAUUGCACGUGAUAACUAACUAUACAUAUCCCCUCAUACAUCUUUGACUUGCGACACUCUCGAAAAUUUCUUCCUCAAAAAUAAAUUCGGAAUUUGUCAGAUGCCAUCAUGACUGACGCAACACUCCUCACCCAUCCUCUUCCUCUCUUCUUUGCCAACAUUCUCCUCGUCAAUCUGACCGCAGUUUAUACCACAUCUCGCACGGCACGUCUUCUAUCUUUUUCCCUGAGCGUAUAUCUCUGUUAUAUUGCACUAUCAAACUGGAAUGAACACAUCAAUACAACAGGCUGGGCAGGUCGCUUUCUAGCCAGUGGUUGUUUCACUAUGCCCAAUGUCAUUUUCGAUCGGUUCAUUAUUCGAAACUGGCAAUAUGGAAAAGACGACUUGGGACGCAAGAGCAUCGGAAGGGAUAAUGAAGGUGAAGGAAAGAAACAAACAAAAUCAGAAUGGGGACAAGAGGUGGUUGGAAAUACUAGAUAUAUCGGCACUUCUCUGGAGGUUUCCAACGUUCCGCUUUUCAAUACGGAGGAUCCUAUUCUUGGCCCGACGAGAUGGAGAUUCUGCUUACAUCACGCUUCUAUGAUUGUCGCCUUGUAUUUCUUGAAUACGCUUGCUAUCGAUGGACAACUAAAUGCGAGUCAGAAAUGGAUGGGUGAUGAAUAUAUUCCAUGGUUUGGAACGAUCUUUGGUAAAGGUAUCCACCACUUACGAGACCAGAUCAUUACGAGAGUCACCGUCAGUCUUCUCUACUGGGUAUCGCAGUUUUGUUAUCUUCAGUUUUUCUUCUCGCUCGCUGCGUUGUUGGACGUUGGACUUGGCGGUGGGGAAGUGAGACAAUGGAGACCUUUCUUUGGAGAAGCCAAACAUGCUUAUACGAUUAGAGGACUCUGGGCCAAGUCCUGGCACCAAAACAUUCAACUCAACAUUAAAGGCCCUGCCGAAUUUAUCACCCACAGCAUCCUCCAGAUUCCUCGAUCUACCCUCAUCGCUCGCUAUCUCAAGAUUCUUUUGACAUUUGCAUUAUCGGGCGCGACACAUGUGGCUGCAGAUUACGGAAGUGGGAUCUCCCCAACACGAUCCGGUGCAAUGUCAUUUUUCUGUGCACAAGCUCUUGGCAUCAUGAUUGAAGAUGCGGUUCAAGAGAUCUGGAGACUUAUGGGUGGAAAGAAGAAUACUCUGUUGGGAAAGACAAUUGGGUUUACUUGGGUAUUGGCGUUUACGUGUUGGUCUAGUCCGGUCUGGGCUUACCCUUUUGCAAGGAGUAUGCGGAGGGAGGAUAUGAUUUUGACGUUUGGGGCCUUGCAACCUUUGCUGGUGGGGCUUAAAUUCUGGUGAUUAGUUGAGCUAUUUGGUGUUAUAUACACCUGAGUCAUAAUUAGAGAUGACGGCUAUAUUGGCCAAUGAGGCAUAUAGUUCAUCGCUUGCCAUUCGGGUAAUCAUAUGUUCAUUGUCAAUGACAAUUAGAGAGAUAUUUAGAACUUCGCUCUUAGAACAAUAACAAUGUGAAGGAUACUAUCAGGUCUUUUAGAUUGUUUCUCUACUUCUGUUUCUGCCAUUCAGGUCACGGAAAGCAUUGCGUCAUAAGAUAUAGCUAGCCGUGGUCAAAACACAAUUCCAAUCAUACA